AUGUCCAAAAGCCCGACAAAACCCCCACGGCCUCCUCCACGGACGCGAACCGCCGCCUCACAAGGCCGACCGUCGGCCCAAAAGCCCGCGGCGGCUCGAAACUCGAUGGCCAGGACCUCGAAAUCCCAAGAAAGCCUGCCAAGUCCAGAGCCUCCUUCCAGGCCGAAUCGGGCCGCUGCGGCCGCUGAAAGCCGGUCUAGAAGCCCUAGAAGAUCCGUCUCAGCAAGAGAAUCAAAGCCUAGAAGUUGUCGAGCCGAUGGCAAUAAGCCUCCGAUCUUCCGAUCUCCCGCCGCCUCCGUAUCAGUCACAGCGACGCCAAGAAUGUCCCUCGAGGAGCCAGAAGAGGUUCCGAAAGGCCGGAAAUCUCGAUCCAAGAAAGACUUGUCCGUGUCUAGGCCGUCAUACAUAGCUAGAAGUCUAGCGGAUGGUUCUGUAGACACCACAGAAGUCACUUUGCAUAGUCCAGGACCCGUGAAGUUCUCGUCUAGCUGGAUUCCGACGGAAGCCGUGCGAGCCAUCAGUCUCACCGGCUCGAAUAGCCCGCAAAUCGAGAGGGUGAAGAGCCCGGAAGGUCCUCCAGAUCCUCCACCUAUGGAAUCUGAACGAGUCCGAAGCUCUCCAGGUGAUCCUGGAACAUCAGAUACCAGUGGUGGAAGCCCUACUUUACCUCCAGCAAGGUCUAGAUCCGGUGCUAACCGUGAUCAAAGGGAUCCCAUAGGUGUUAGGACGUCAGGUACCACACCUAGACCUGAAACUCAAGAUACUGUACCUCCAGCAAGGUCUAGAUCCGGUGCUAACUGUGAUCAAAGGGAUCCCAUAGGUGUUAGGACGUCAGGUACCACACCUAGACCUGAAACUCAAGAUACUGUACCUCCAGCAAGGUCUAGAUCCGGUGCUAACUGUGAUCAAAGGGAUCCCAUAGGUGUUAGGACGUCAGAUACCACACCUAGACCUGAAACUCAAGAUACUGUACCUCCAGCAAGGUCUAGAUCCGGUGCUAACUGUGAUCAAAGGGAUCCCAUAGGUGUUAGGACGUCAGAUACCACACCUAGACCUGAAACUCAAGAUACUGUACCUCCAGCAAGGUCUACAUCCCAGGCUACCCGUGAUCAAAAAGAUCCCAUAGGUGUUGGAAGACCCAGACCUGAAACCCAGGAUAUUGUACCUCCAGUCAUAUCUCAAAGCCCCGAUCCCAUGCUAGAUGACAUGCCAGAUGCCCCUGUUCCUAUCCAGGCGCCUAGAAGAUCUCAAGAAUCCGGGAGAUUCAGAGAAUCCUCUUCGAUUCAAGCUUCAGAAAAACCCUAUUGGCAGGUUCUGCAGGAGCAGGAUCCUCAUCAGAUGGUUGACGACGACGAAGAGGAUCAGGAUAGAUACUACAGAGACCGAUUGGAAGGUCGCUGGGAUGAUCACAAAGAUCUUUAUCGAGAUGAGGAGGAUCGAUCUGAGCAGUCGUCAAGAUCCGAAGGUUCAGGAUCUUCCGACGAAGAGCCACCACCAGCUGCGUACGAACCAUUUGAGGUGGAGAGGCCAGACUCGCCGUCGUGGCGUCAGAGAGCCGCCGCCCAAGCCUUGCCGUCCAAGAAGGCAAAGGUUCGGAAGAUCAAGAAGGGCUCUAGGGACAUCCCAUCAACGUCAGGGGGUGCUUCAGAAGGCUCGGACGAUGAAGAUCAGGAAAGAACCCCAAAGAAGAUUCGAAGGAUCGAGAAGAAUGAUUCAAGGGAUCCUCCAGACUACGACGAUGACGAAGAUGACCUGGGAAGGAUCCCAAAGAAGGCUCGAAGGAUGCAUUCAUCAGCUAGACCUCCACCAUCCGACGACGACGACGAUGACCAAGUGACACCUCCGAAAAAGGCUCGAAAGGUCCAGAAGACCCCAAGAAGAAGUCCGACACCAGAAGACGUUGAACCAGAAGACGUCCGGCCAGAAGACGUUGGAUUAGAAGCAUUCGGAGAUUCGGAUGACAGGAUUCGGGUGAUGCUGGAAGUCGAGUCAGGCAACGAUAGUGACUACGAUGAAGCGGAAGAUCGUGCCCUCUGGGAUGAGCCCAAUAAGCGAGAGUGA